ACCAUAACCUCACUUUAUUGUUUACAUAUUGUUGCGAUUUGUAACGAGAAAAAAUCAGUAAUUUUGAGUAAUUUUGAAUAAAGGAAAAUGCCUUUAAUUGUUAUGUGUGGAAUUCCGAGUAGUGGAAAAACUACUCGAGCGAAAGAGUUGGAAAAAUUCUUCAAGGAUAAGAAGAAUAUCACAGUCCACAUUGUGUCUGAGAAUCAAUGCUGCCGGGCGCACAAUUUUCUCAAAAAUGAUCUUUUUAUGGAUUCCCAGAAGGAGAAGAUUAUCCGUGCCUCGCUCAAAUCGGAAGUAGGACGACUACAGAACACCAAGGAUGUCGUUAUCUUGGACGCAGGGAACUACAUCAAGGGAUACCGCUAUGAGUUGUAUUGCCAAGCAAAAGGAGGACGUGUACCCCAGUGCACGAUCCUCUGCAACUUGCCCAUAGAAGAGGCUAAAAGUUUCAACAAGAAGCGACCGAUUGUUGAUGAGAAACUCCCAGAAUCUUCAGAAUUCAGCGACAACUCUGACGUCCAAUAUUCCGAUAAUGUCUUUGAUGCACUCUGCCAGAGAUUUGAGGAGCCUCAGGGAACAAAUCGCUGGGAUUCUCCACUUUUUGUGGCACUUGUUGAUGAAAAACUCGACUUUGAGAGUAUCUACAGUGUCCUAUUUGAAAAUAAACUCCCCACACCCAAUCAAUCAACGCAAAAUGCACCCGUCUGUCCGGCAAACUACCUCUAUGAACUUGAUCAAAUAACCCGCGGAAUCGUCAUGGAAAUUGUUGCGUUGAGAAAACAAAGUCCCGGCACAAUUUCAGUCUCAUACAAAGGAUCUGAGGAGCUGAUGGUGGAUAUUCCCCCGGAAAUCGGUGUGGCUCAAUUGCGGCGGGUUCGUCAAUUAUUCCUCAAUUACAUUAAACUCCAAUCUUCACCCCCCUCUUUGGAUACCCUGCCACAGCUCUUUGUACGUUACAUUAAUUCAAAUUACAAUGCAAGUUAAGUAUAGAAGAGUUAAAGUAAAUAAAUGAUUAAAAGAAUUAA